ACUUGUCAUCUCCCCUAUCUUCAACACCCACAGCCUCAUUUCUCCGCCAUAGACGCCCUAGCAAAACCCUAGCCCUCCACUCCACUCUCCCCCCAUCACCACCAACCCCCAAGAAAAUGGCGAAGAAGAAGGUGCACCACCACCACCACUCCCACGAAGAAGCCCCUCACAGCGACACCCACCCGGGCCACCACCACCCCAACCCCAACCCCAUGGACCAAGAUGACAGCGCUUCGUCGGAGAAGCUCGAGAGCCUCAAGUCCCUCAACGCCAUGCUCCUCAAGGAGACCUACGAGCGGAGGCACCAGGUCGAUUCCCUGGAGCGCGCCAAGAAUGCUCUGGAGAGCCAGCUGGCUCGGUUCGGCGGCGAGAAGGAGGCGCUCGAGGCCGAGUUGGGUCGGGCGGGUCGGGAGAGCGUCGGGCUGGCGCUCGAGAAGGGCGUCAUUUGCGCUUUCUUGGAGACCCAGAUGGUUGAAAUCGGUGCUCGGGUGGAGAGGUUGGUGAAGCGGAGGGACGCGGAGGUGGACGGGUUGAGGGAGAGAGUGCGCGUGCUCGUCGAUAGCCUCGAGAAGGAGAGAGUGGUUCUGAGCGACGUGAGCGGGGAGAGGGAUUUGGCGAAGGCGGAGAGCGCGGGUUUGGUUGAGAAGGCGAACCUGUUGAAGGAGAGCCUGAGUGAGAUGGAGAAAGUGAGGAGGAAUCUGGAAGGGAGUUUCGAGAGGUUGAAGUUGCAGAAUGAGAAGUUGGUCAGGGAGAAAGAGGAAGGGGAGAGAGCAAUUGAGGCGGUGACGAGGGAAAGAGAUUCCGCCAAAAAUAGUUUAGCCCAGGCUGGGAUUGAGGCCAGUGAACUGAAGGGUAGAGUUGAGGAACUCGUGAGGGUCAAUAAGGGUUUGGAGAUGGGAGAAAAUGGGCAGCUAGUGGAGAUGAAUGAAUUGGAGAAGGAAAUGGCUGUCUUGAAUGAGGUUGUGGUGAGUUUGAGAAGAGAGGAGGGGAAACUGAGAGAAAGGGUCUCCGAAUUGGAGAACAAAUGCGAUGCGGCGAUUGAAAAGGAAAAGGAGAUGGUUGGGCGGAUUAAUGGUUUGAGUGAGGAAAACCAGGAGAAGGGAGAGACAAUCGAUAAGCUGAGAGAAAAGAACAAUUCAGCAGAGAGGCUGUUGAAGGUGGCUGAGAAAAAAUUGGAGGAGAAGGAGCGGCUUAUGGAGGGGAUAGUUCGGAAGAAACUCGAGAUUGAAGAGGCGAAUUAUUGUAAGCAGAAUGAGAUUGCAGGGUUGCUCAGAGAGGUCGGUGAACUGAAGAAUGAGAUUACUCGAUUAGAAUUUUCUUUACGAGAUCAAGUGGACAAGAACAAGGCUUUGAUAUCUGAACUUAGCUCUUGUAGAGAAGCUAGCGAUCGAGUCACUCUAGAGAGGGACACUGUCCAGAAGGCUCUGGAUGAGGAGAAACAGAAUGCCUUGAAUUUGAGGUCUGCGGCUUCUGAAAUGAAGAGCAGAGUAGAUGAAACCGUGGAGGAGUUGAUGCACAUAAGGAGUGAGAGAGAGAACUUGGUUUUGCAGAACAAGAGCGUCCAAAGCAAAUUCGAGUUGUCUGAAAAAGAAAAGGAAUUGCUUGAGAAGAAGGUCUCAGAUGCACAGCGAACUAUUGAAGACUUGGAGGCGAAAAUCUCAUCUGCUGGUAUCAAGUUGGAGCGAACAUUGGCUGCCGUCUUGAAGAGAACUGCAGCUGUAGUGAAUCCUGUACAGGACGAGACUAAUGGUAGAGAGGAGGCAUUCGAAGAACAGAAGCUCGAGGAAGAUUUUCAACCAUUGGCCAGGGAAUUAGAAGCCAUCAAGAGUGCUUUCCUGAUCAAAGAGUCCCUGGUGGAAGAUCUAAACUGGCAGAUGAAGUUGCUGCAAGACUCUGCAGCCAAGGCACAUAAGGAAAAGGGCUUUUGGACUUUGCUUUCCUCGGCAACCACAUUGCUCGCCGCAGCAUCAGUCGCGUACUUUGCCAGGGGACGAUGAUACAUAGUAGUUUCUACGUUAGCCGUGUCUGUUGCGAUGGCUAGUGAGUACUUUCACUUGCCUGAUAAACCGAUGAAGUUACGUUAGAAGGCACGAUUUUGAUUCAUGCCGUUUUUGCUGUCCCUUUAAACAUGAUAUGCAGAACAAUAAUGUGCUUCAACAUUCUGGAAAUGCUUAUUCAGAGUGAUGUCUGAAUCUGAAUCCUCCCUUUGAAUUCAAAGAUUGAAGUAGUAUCUACAUUUUCUCA